AUGAGUCCAGCAGCUAAAUGGUAUUCAACUGAAGACGCUGCCGUCCCAAGACAAGCUAGAAAAACUUCACGUCCACAAAAAUUACGUGCCUCAUUAGUUCCAGGUACUGUUUUAAUUUUAUUAGCAGGUAGAUUUAGAGGUAAAAGAGUUGUAUACUUAAAAAAUUUAGAAGAUAAUACUUUAUUAGUCUCAGGUCCAUUCAAAGUUAAUGGUGUUCCAUUAAGAAGAGUAAAUGCUAGAUAUGUUAUUGCUACUUCAACUAAAGUAAAUAUUGAUGGAGUUGAUGUAUCAAAAUUCAAUGUUGAAUAUUUUGCAAGAGAACAAAAACCAAAAUCAAAAAAAUCAGAAGCUGAAUUCUUUAAUGAAACCCCAGCUAAAAAAGAAAUUAAAGGUGAAAGAAUUGCUGAUCAAAAAUCAGUUGAUGCUGCUUUAUUAUCAGAAAUUAAAAAGACUCCAUUAUUAAAACAAUAUUUAGCUGCUUCAUUUUCAUUAAAAAACGGUGACAAACCACAUUUAAUCAAAUUUUAA